ACAAAGACACAUAAAUACACAAAGACGCAGACUGAGAUCAGAAAGCGUCUCAGUCGAGUGUAAAAUCAUUUCUUGCCGUUAGCUGAGUUUCCAUUUACACGUUCAGGUCGUCAUUUAGAAGUUUCACAUGAAAAAGGCCGUCAUGAAGGAACCAACCCAGAAGACUUCUCUCGUAGCUGAUUGGACGACUGAGGGCUUGUUCUCUUCUUCUUUUGCUUUGUUUGCUGGAAGAUCACAAACCUGUGACGGACCGGUUGAGGGUGAAGGAGUCGCUGACAGUUGAACAGAAACACGAGUUAACAAACACCCGGGAAUGAUCUUCCCAACGAGCCGAGUCGUGUCGACUGUGAGGAAUCAACAGAAGAUGCAGAUCGGCCUCGAGGCAGAAGAAGACCAGUCGGACCGGCGGGCCGGGAUCGAGCCUCCGCAUUCAGACACGCCUCCUUUUCCUUCACAGCGACGGAUCGCCGUCACGCUCGCUCGUGCUCUGAGAGACACAUCGGACUCUGGAUAUGAAACAGAAGAGACUAUCCGGGAUAUAACUGUCCUGUUUUUGGAGGAUCCUUCUUCUCUCCUCUGGGAUGAGCUGAGGGACGGGAAGUGAGAUCCUCUGGAUCCUCUGGAUCACAUCUUUGUGGAGUGGAUCUGUUCACACACAGGUGGGAUUUGAACAUGGAGGAUCUCACGGGAUCCCAUCUUCCUUUUUUCACCUUCCUGGACUCUCGGGUCAUAAAGAAGAGACGCUGGUGAUGAGGAUGAUGAGGAUGAUGAGGGUGAUGAGGGUGAUGUUCCUUCUCAACGUUACAAACUGUGAGUUCAUGUUAACGACGGCUGUCUGGAUGCUGCCGUCUCCCGCCAGCGUCUCCAUGGAGUCCGUAGACAUGAGACACGUCCUGAAGUGGCGUCCUCUACAAGCCCGCUGCGUCCCCGCGGUCCUUUACAGCGUUCAGUUCCAGGGGGAGUUCGAGCUGACCCAGAACCGGUGGGUGGACGCUCCCGACUGCCAGCUGAUCCCUCUCGCUCAGUGUGACCUGACCUUUGACCUGGGCUCAGACUCCGACUACAACCUCCGCAUCAGAGCGCAGUGCGGCUCCCAGAGGUCGGCCUGGACCGACCUCCAGCCCCCUUUCAACCGCAGAGACACGGUCCUGGUGGCGCCGGAGAUGGCGGUGACGGUGGCGGGCGACGCCCUGCAGGUGUCCUUCCUGCAGCUUCCUCCCACAGCCGUCGUCAUGGUGACGGUGUGGAAGAAAGGCCACGAGCUGCAGGCUGCCGUGUAUUCGAUGCCGGCGGAGCAGGUGGUGCUGCACGUCGCCGCCCUGCAGGAGGGGGCGCAGUACUGCGUCCGAGCUCACACCGCCCUUCACACGCGGAACAGCAGCAGCACGGACACCGAGUGUGUCUCCAUCGCAGGACGUGCAGACGGCGCCUGGAGGAGGCCGACCGCGGUGAGCGUGAGCGUCGUCCUCGUGGUCCUCGUGGUCCUCGUGUCGGGUUUCCGGUUCGCCGGCGCCCAGAGCGCCUGUCGGACGCACUUCCUCAAAGAGCCGCUGCCGCGCUCACUGGAACCUGAUUGGGACAUUAAAAUCCCGAUGAGGCCGGAGGAGGCGGAGCUUUGUCAGCCGAUCCACGUGACCAGCUGACGGGACGGGACCGGACCGGACGGGGGUCAUUUCUUGGCGUCAUGUCUGGCGCGUUUUACAAUUAGACAAUGAUAUUUUUAGUGCAUCUUUGUCUCUUUGUUUAAGAGGUAGAAAUGACUUUCUACCCGCUGAGCAGAAAGAUUAUGUGUUUUUAUCCACCUUAAAAGCUGCUCAUCCGUCACACAGGCUCACUGGGGCUGAAUCAAUCCCAGCAGAUAUUUCAUAUUCAUUCAAUUCUAAAUAUAAUAUCCUGUUUGUAUUGUUACAUUAAAUAGCCUGUAAUUCAUAUUGAAAACUGCUUUUCGUUGCUCCUCUGAUACUGAAUGAAGGAGGAUGAAUUGAUUUGUUAGAAACCGUAAAUAAUGUUUAUUUAUCCCACAAAGUCAUCUGAAGCACACACAUUCAAAAUAAAAACAUUUUAUAAAUCUUCACAUUUAAAAGUUUACAGUAAAACAAACGCUUUGCAAACAGUGUUUUUUGUGUGUAGUAUUACGUCUUUGCAUCUUGUUCGGUGUCUUGUUACAAUAAUGUAUUAUUUUUCCUGAUGAAGUGAAGUUGCCUGGAUAUUUAGAUAUUAAAUGCAAUAUUUUAAACCAAAAGCUUCUUUUUGGUCUUAUUGAAAAUACUGAAAUCAGAUCAUCUUGCAGUCGGUUACGUGUCAGGAUGUUUGAAAACCUGUGAUACAUUAAAUAAUACU